GGAGAAGACUGUGGGACAAGCGAGCGCUGUAUGUAGUAACUUCAGCACCUGGACAGCGACCUCCGCGAAACAACCAUUACGCACAAUGCGGCUCGCUUCGCUCCACGCAACGAAAUGGCUUGAAAUACUGCGUUAAAGUCCUUUUUGUUUUGUUGCUUGAGAGACCGAUUGUUGCUCUAACAUAGUGUAUAUCAACACUGCUGAGAAGCGCAAUUGGUUAGUGCGGCGUCUCCCUUAUUUAGAGGCUUCGCUCUUUGGAUCCGCUCUUCCGGACAGCGCAGCGCUCGCUGGCUGUGGCACGAGGAGGAAAAGUAACUGUCAAGACGCGCGCGUCUCCGCUUACAUCUCAGCAGCGCGAUUUACUUGAAGAUGCAGCCACCCGCCGGGACUGGAUUGAAGCUCUUGCUGUGGAUUUUUAGCCACAUCAGCAUCUCUCAGGCUGCUUUUCCAUCUUCCCAAAAAUGUGAUGAAGCCCUGGUCACGCCGCUCCCUCAUAAUGCCUUCACCAGCUCCUCAGUGUUCACCGGUGGCUAUGCACCUGGAUAUGCCAAGCUAAAUAAAAGAGGAGGCGCUGGGGGCUGGUCUCCGCUGGACAGCGAUCAUUAUCAGUGGCUGCAGGUCGACCUGGGAAGCCGGAAACAGGUCACAGCCGUUGCCACACAGGGUCGAUAUAGCAGCUCUGAUUGGACGACGCGCUACCGACUUCUGUACAGCGACACAGGCAGGAACUGGAAACCAUAUCAUCAAGAUGGUAACAUCUGGGCAUUCACGGGUAACUCCAAUACGGAGAGCGUGGUUCGGCAUGACCUGCAAAACACAAUUGUGGCCCGUUACUUGCGUAUCAUUCCUUUAGACUGGAGUGAAGAGGGACGGAUCGGCCUCAGGUUCGAGAUCUACGGGUGCCCUUACUGGGCAGAUGUGAUUAAUUUUGAUGGGCAGGGGGUGAUCUCUUACCGCUUCAAAAUGAAGAAGAUGAAGAUUUUGAAGGACGUGAUAGCCCUGAAGUUUAAAACAUCAGAGAGUGAAGGGGUGAUUCUGCACGGAGAGGGUCAACAGGGGGACUACAUCACUCUGGAGUUGAGAAGAGGCAGACUUCUGAUCCAGAUAAACCUCGGCAGUAAUCAGUACGGCUCCAUCCUGGGCCAUACAUCUGUGACCAGCGGCAGUCUUCUGGACGACCACCAUUGGCAUUCUGUAGUAAUUGAGCGCUACAGGAGAAAUGUCAAUUUUACUCUGGAUCAGCAUACUCAGCACUUCCGCACCAACGGGGAGUUUGACCACCUUGACCUGGAUUAUGAGCUGAGUUUCGGAGGAAUGCCUUAUUCUGGGAAGCCAAUCUCUGGAGCCAGACGAAACUUCAAAGGAUGCAUGGAAAGCAUCAACUACAAUGGAGAGAACAUCACUGACCUAGCCAGAAGAAAAAAACUGGACACCUCUAGCUUCCGGAACCUGACGUUCUCCUGCGUGGACACGCACACGUUCCCCGUGUUUUUCAACGGCACCAGCUUCCUGCAGCUGCCAGGCAGAAGAGACCACAACAUGGUUUCUAUAGGUUUCCAGUUCCGAACCUGGAACCCCAGCGGCCUGCUCCUUUUUAGCUCCCUGGCAGACGGAAUGCUGGAAUUGGCUCUGAAUGAUGGAAAAGUCACAGCGCACAUCAACGUCACCCAGCAGAAAAACAUGCGUGUAGACCUUGCGUCAGGUUCUGGUCUGAAUGAUGGAGAAUGGCAUGAUGUCCGCUUCCUGGCUAAAGAGAACUUUGCCAUGCUGACCAUUGAUGGCGAUGAAGCGUCGGCUGUGAGAACCAACUCACCUGUCCAGAUCACAACAGGAAGCACGUACCACUUUGGAGGUUAUUUUUUAAGAACCAGAGCAUCUCCGUCCCAGCGCUCAUUCCAGGGCUGCAUGCAGCUCAUUCAGGUGGACGAUCAGCUGGCCGAUCUGACAGCGGUGGAGCAGGGAAGAAGUGGCGCCUUCGAGAACGUCAGCCUGGACAUGUGUGCCAUCAUUGACAGAUGUAUGCCAAACCACUGUGAACAUGGCGGUCGAUGCAGUCAGACCUGGGAUGGGUUUACGUGCAUGUGUAAUGGGACAGGGUAUUCAGGAGCCACCUGUCAUACAUCGGUUUAUGAGCAGUCCUGUGAGGCCUACAAGCACUUGGGCAGAUCAUCAGACGCCUACUGGAUUGACCCAGAUGGAAGUGGACCUUUAGGCCCCUUCAAAGUCAUCUGCAACAUGACGGAGGACAAGGUGUGGACAACUGUGGUGAAUAACCUGCCGGCACAGACGGCAGUAACAGGCUCUAGUCGGGAGAGAAGGACUGUACUUCAGCUCAACUACAGCGCCUCUAUGGAGCAGGUCACAGCUAUAACCAACAGUGCUGAACACUGUGAACAGCACAUAGCCUACGCAUGCCGAAUGUCACGACUGCUCAACACACCAGAUGGAACGCCCUACACGUGGUGGGUUGGCCGGGGGAACGAGAAACACUUUUACUGGGGCGGCUCUGCACCCGGCAUUCAGAAAUGCUUGUGCGGCAUCGAGCGCAACUGCACCGACUCCAAAUAUUACUGCAACUGCGACGCCGACCAGAAGCAGUGGAGGGAGGAUUCUGGGCUUUUAGUGUAUAAAGACCACUUACCGGUAAGCCAAGUGGCCAUCGGAGACACAAAUCGACCCGGGUCAGAGGCCAAGCUGACGGUGGGACCUCUUCGUUGCCAUGGAGACCGAAGCUACUGGAAUGCAGCGUCCUUCAACACCCCGUCCUCAUAUCUGCACUUCUCCACUUUUCAAGGAGAAACAAGUGCUGACAUCUCCUUUUACUUCAAGACCUCUGCUCCCUACGGUGUCUUCCUGGAGAACCUCGGGAACACGGAUUUCAUUCGUCUGGAGUUGAAAUCCUCUACGGUGGUGUCGUUCUCAUUCGAUGUCGGGAACGGGCCUGUGGAGCUGAACGUUCACUCUACCAGUCCUGUGAACGAUGACCAGUGGCACCGGGUGAGUGCAGAGAGGAACACGAAAGAAGCCAUUCUGACACUAGACCAGAAAUUCAAAGAGAUCCGACCUGCUCCUACGCAAGGACACACACGUCUGGAGCUCUACAGCCAGCUUUAUGUUGGUGCAGCAGGAGGUCAGAGAGGAUUUCUCGGAUGCAUCCGAUCUCUCAAGAUGAACGGGGUGACCCUUGAUUUGGAGGAGAGGGCGAAGGUCACCCCUGGAGUGAAACCCGGGUGCUCGGGUCACUGCACCAGUUUCGGGGUGUAUUGCCGUAAUGGGGGCAAGUGUGUGGAGAAAUACAAUGGCUAUUCUUGUGACUGCACCUCCACACCUUAUGAUGGACCUUCAUGUACCAAAGACGUCGGAGGUUUCUUUGAGGCAGGGACACUGGUCAGAUAUAACCUCGCACCAGACGGGGUGGCCGCAGCCUCCGGCCUGGAUGACAAGAGAAUAACUCACAGCGUUUCAACAGAUAUGAAUCUUACGCGUGCAGACCUCACCUUCAGUUUCAGUACCUCCACGUCUCCCAGCGUCCUGGUCUAUGUCAGUUCUAAAACCCAGGACUACAUGGCCGUGGUGCUUCGUCUUAAUGGCACCCUUCAGCUGCGUUACAACUUGGGUGGUCUCAGGGAACCAUUCACCAUUGAUAUUGACCAAAGGAACCUGGCCAACGGGCAGCCUCACACCUUCAACAUCUCUCGCGUGGAGAGAGACAUAGAAAUACAGCUGGAUCAUUAUCCACCGGUCAGCUACACCCUGCCUGAGGCCUCAGACAUACAGUUCAACCUGAUCAAGUCCCUUUUCCUGGGAAAGGUUUUUGAAACCGGUCACAUCGACCCAGUGAUAAUAGAAAAAUACAACACCCCGGGGUUCGUAGGCUGCCUAUCUAGAGUGCGGUUCAACGGCAUUGCUCCUUUGAAGGCUGCCCUCAGGUCCCGUGGUUCUGCGCCCGUCACACACCAGGGUAAACUUGUGGAAUCCAACUGCGGAGCGUCACCCCUCACCAUCCCGCCCAUGUCUGCUGCAACUGACCCGUGGCACCUAGAUGCAGGUGCGGAUUUCCCCUUCAAUGAGGAAAGAGUCAUACCAGAUGGGGUUAAUAGAAAUUCAGCUAUAAUAGGAGGAAUCAUUGCAGUUGUGAUCUUCACUAUUCUCUGUACCCUGGUUUUUCUGAUCCGGUACAUGUUCCGCCAUAAAGGCACCUACCACACCAACGAGGCCAAGGGAGGCGAGUCGUCCGAGUCUGCCGACGCGGCCAUUAUCGGCACUGACACCAAUUUCACAGAGACCAUCGAUGAAAGCAAGAAGGAAUGGUUCAUCUAAUGUGCCGGCUCUGAUCUGACACGAGGAGCUGGCUUAUAUAAACUUUUUCAGAAUCUUUUUUUGAUUAUCAGAUCUAACGUUUUUGAAUCAAGCUCAUCACCAGUUUGAGAAACUGUUCUGUACAUAGUGACUGGCUGGUCUCUUUUUAUUGUGUUUUUAAGUGAGUAAUCUCUGGAUUACAUGUUAAUAAAGGAUUUCACCAUGUGUUCUUUUUUUAACAGAUACAUGAUUGUUUGCCAAUAUCCUUUGUUUUAAUGAAAGUUUUGCCUAGCACUGUUUUUUUUGUUGUUAAUCUUACAAAACAUCCUUGUGUGGAAAUUGUUUUCGACAGACUGUAUAUUCAGAAUGCUCUAUGUGAAUAUGUUUAUCUCAUUCAUUGCACAAAUGACAGAUAUUUAAUUUCAAAUGACAUUAUAUUAUAUAUCAUCAGUAUUAUUACACUGAGAGGAAAAAAUUGAAGCAUGCAUCAAUAAUUGGGUCGAUUCAACUCUUUCUAUUUGCCUAAAGCCUUUGGUUUAUUGUUCGUUGCCAAACUCCUCUCGGUCUUAAGCAUUUGUUUUACUGAAGGCUUUAUCAUGGCAUAAGGAUAUUAUUUUGAGAUAUCAUUAUUGUUUAUUAUUCAGUUAUGCAGGUUGUGUGGUCAAAGCAUUGGCAUAGUGGUAUCUGGCAGUUUAACACCCAAACAUGUAUCAUCAGCAUUUGUUAUGGCAGAUGAAGAGGGUGGGGCUACUCACACCUAAUCAAAUUAAUUCAAGGUGCCUUUAAGAUUCAGCCAAUCAGCUUUCUGUUUGUUAUUUUAUCCAAUACUUCAAAUGAAAAAUCCCAACAAAUCAUGUAGAGAUGUAUUGACACACCUGUCUGAGCAUAGACUGAAAGUUCAUAGGAUUAGCAGAGUGUUUUACAAAUGUUCUUCCUGAAACCUUUGAUUUUGCAUACAUGCUACAAUAUUUGAAGCAUUUAUUAAACAUGUGCACUUGUGUUUACGUUAAAGAUGGGCAUUUUGUCAAACUGCUGUUGACAUGUCAAAAAAAAAUUCAUUAUGGUUUUGUAUAUUAUUAUUUACUUUCGAAUAUAAAAUGUGAAAUAAAAGUUAAUUUACCUGAAGAUUAUGAAUCUUCUCAGACUGGUCUUAAAAUUGAUUAUAGAAAACUGAUAUUUAGAAGUGAUGUUUAUUUGUGAUAUUGAGGUAUUGCCUAUAAGAUCUCCGUCAAGACACAGAUCAUUAAUAUUCUCUCAAAGAAAGGUUAGGCACUCAUCGGCACUUGAUGUGGUUGUGAAUGAGUUUACCAGAUCUAAAACUUAUUCUGAUGCACACAUAUAUCCAGAUGAAUAAUAAGGUGUUAUUGAAAAUUCAUGUUUUAUGUUUAAAUAUACUGUAUAUGAUUAGAAGGUUUGGAUCUGAAGUGUUCACAAUCAGAUUACGGACAAACAUACCUUAACAUGAAGUUGACUUUGGUAUUUAGAUUUACAUUUUAAGCAAAUGUACUUUUUGGGGACGUUUGGGGGUAAUGAAGGAUAGCAGAUUCAUGAGAAUGUACGUUUUGAUGUUUCCAUAUUUGAUCUUGAACAGUUUUAUAUUUUAAUAUACAAUUCUUCAUCCCUUAUUAACAUUAAGAAUUUCGAUAUUGUUAAUUGUAGGUUUAGUCAGUUAACAUUCACAAUAAAUGAAAUAUAUAUAUUUUUAUGAUGAUAUUUUGUAGAUGACAUAGCCCUUCAUUGUGUCUCAUGUGUAUUAGGGAAAGCCUAAAUAUUCAAAAUGUUUUAUGGACCUGUAGAGAAAAUGAUGUGAAUGUUCCUUGUGCUGGAGACAGAUAAAGCAUUGACAAACUGAGUUGUCACAACAUUACUUCUUUUUUGUUUUUUUGUUUUACCUUAUCAGUAUUCAUUUAUGGCAAGGUUGAUUUCACUUUGUGAAGGUGAAGUAAUGUUUUCCUAUUGAUUGUUUUCUUUUCAUGACAAAAGGUUUCUUGUAAUUUUUAUGCACAGUUAGCUGCCUCUCAAUAGGCAUAUGUAUAGAGCUUUUAUUAAAUAUAAAUACAGUUUUUGACCACAACAAUUAAAGAAAUCUUUUAAAGAAAGUAAGAGUGAUAAAUGUAAACAAUAUAUUUACUCUUCAGUAUCCCAUAAUAUGAUUGCAUUCUGCUUGUGUAUUAAACUUAUUCUUUCAACGGCAGCAUGACCACUGUAUGUGAAAUUACUGUACUUACUGUACUUUAAACUGUUGUGCAAUAGGCUAUCACAAUUGUAUUUACUCUUGGGGACAUAUUUUUUACCUUUUGUUAUGAUGUUGACAAGUCAGGAAUGAUAGUACAAUACUUUUUUAUAUUGAUAGCAACACAGUUCUCAACUGGCUGUUUAACGUGAGAUAUUUGUACUGACCUCUUUUCAUCCAUCUCAUUGUUGUGAGAGGCCUGAAUGCAAAAUAAGAGAAUUCUUCAUCAGUGUGGCUUUUCUUAUGGGAAGGGAAUAAAAAGUAUA